AGCUACAUCUCUAAUUUUAUUUUAUUUUUUAAUAAAAAUAAAAAAUCAUUACACAGACGGAUUCGCUUAAAAAAUCCAAAAUCAAAACCCUAGAUUUCGUGGUCAUUUCGGCAAUUUGACGUUAUGAAUCGGCGAUAAUAGAAGCAGCAAUCGGUGAAGGAGAAGAAGGAGGAGGAGAAGAGAUAAGGGGGACGAUGUAUGGUCACAGAGAGCGAGGGCUGGGUGGGUCCAAGAUGGAGGUAGGGUCGGUGGAUCGGAAGCGGAUCAACGAGGCGCUUGAUAAGCAAUUGGAGCGAUCGUCGCCGUCGACUUCCAGGGCGAUCAACGGGAAGGAUAAUAAGUCUGCACACUCCAUACUCAUGGGGAAGCAUCCGCCUGAUCAUCGCGACUCUCGCUCUGCUUCUCUCGCCAAAGCCAACGCCUCCGAUGAGGAAUCUGAAACAGAUAGUGAAGAGUCAGAUGUUAGCGGUUCUGAUGGGGAUGACACAUCUUGGAUCUCAUGGUUUUGCAACCUUCGUGGAAAUGAAUUCUUUUGUGAAGUUGAUGAUGACUACAUACAAGAUGAUUUUAACCUCUGUGGGCUAAGCAGUCAAGUUCCUUAUUACGAUUAUGCACUUGAUUUGAUUUUGGAUGUUGAAUCUUCUCAUGGAGAUGUGUUUACAGAGGAACAGAAUGAACUGAUUGAGUCUGCAGCAGAGAUGCUUUACGGUCUGAUUCAUGCUCGAUACAUUUUGACUAGCAAGGGAAUGGCUGCUAUGCUAGACAAGUACAAGAAUUAUGACUUUGGUAGAUGCCCCAGAGUUUACUGCUGUGGACAGCCAUGCCUUCCUGUUGGUCAAUCAGAUAUUCCACGGUCAAGCACUGUAAAGAUAUACUGCCCUAGAUGUGAAGAUAUUUACUACCCCCGCUCCAAAUAUCAAGGCAACAUAGAUGGAGCUUACUUUGGGACCACUUUUCCUCACUUGUUCCUGAUGACAUAUGGGAACCUGAAGCCACAAAAAGCAUCACAGAGUUACAUUCCAAGAGUUUUUGGGUUCAAGAUCCAUAAGCCAUGAAGUUGGGUUCGAAACUCCAUUUGGGAAAAGUUAUCUUGAGUAUGCAUUACCUAGCUCUCCAUGGAAGUAAUGCCUUUUGAGAGUUGAGGUAUAGUUCAGUAGUCUUUCAUGUUAUUCUGUUCUAGGUCUUUACGUUUAUUAUAUGUUUUGAUGAUUACAUAAAGCAUAUGUGCAACCAGCAAGUAUUAAUUUUCUUUGUAGCUGCCUAUUUCAGCUUUCCUCGUCAAACCACAUUCUUUUUUGGUAGAUUAACUAAUUAACUAUUAAAUUUGCCAUUUUGCU